AUGCGUUUCAAAUUCAUCGAAUUUCUGGGAACAGUUGUCUUCCGAGGGGCAAGUGAGAAUGAAGUUUCCCCCUUAGGUCUCGGGUCCCUUCUUGAAGGCUUACACAUCCUUACUGAAUCGAUCAAUCGAAUCGAAUGCCGACCAUCUUCAGCGGCAUCCAUCAUCCAGAGAAACUCGAAGCGACGCAAGACUGAAGUCACUGCUCAGCAGAGGACACUAGGGAAACACCAGGAACGCUUCUGUGUGGAAGAUGUCAUGGACGUAUUGUGUGAGCGACAUUCCGAUGAAAGACUGGGUGUUCUUUCGCCGUUUGCAUGCAGUCGCAGUCGAUCACCAAGUCUACUUGUUCGACUACAACAAAUCCCGCGACGAGGACACCAUAAAGGUCCUCGUCUUCAAUCCGAGGACGCACGUGAUCAGAGUCGGCGAACUGGUGCUCAUCCACUUCGCAGCAACCUUCAAGGAGAAGGUUUACGUGUGCGUCGGAGGGCGCGCGACCGCGAGCGCAGGGGAGCUGUUGGUGUUCGACACGCGGCGUGCGCGGUGGGGCUGCGUGGCGACGAGCGGGGACGUGCCCUCGAGCGCCAUGCGGUGGCGGGUGGGCGCGUGCGAGCAGGACGGACACUUGUACGCGUGGUCUAUCAACUCCACGGCUCCCGCCAGCGAGGAAACGCACCUUUGGGCCUUGGAAAUAAGCAGCCUUCGGUGGAAGAUUGUGGCGACCGCGGGAUGGGAUGA